AUGAUUGCAGGAAGGAAUCUUAUAAAUCUCAAGGGUUCCUGCAAACGUUUUGCGUGCAACCCCUUUUGCAACCCUUCUACCACCCUUCUGCAACCCCUUUUGCAACCCUUCUACCACCCUUCUGCAACCCUUUGCAACUCUUCUACCACCCUUCUGCAACCCCUUUUGCAACCCUUCUACCACCCUUCUGCAACCCCUUUUGCAACCCUUCUACCACCCUUCUGCAACCCCUUUUGCAACCCUUCUACCACCCUUCUGCAACCCCUUUUGCAACCCUUCUACCACCCUUCUGCAACCCCUUUUGCAACCCUUCUACCACCCUUCUGCAACCCCUUUUGCAACCCUUCUACCACCCUUCUGCAACCCCUUUUGCAACCCUUCUACCACCCUUCUGCAACCCCUUUUGCAACCCUUCUACAACCCUUCUGCAACCCCUUUUGCAACCCUUCUACCACCCUUCUGCAACCCCUUUUGCAACCCUUCUACCACCCUUCUGCAACCCCUUUUGCAACCCUUCUACCACCCUUCUGCAACCCUUUGCAACUCUUCUACUAUCCUUCUGCAACCCUUCUACCACCCUUCUAUAUACCACCCCUCUACCACCCUUCUACCAACCUUCUACCAACAUUCUACCACCAUUCUGCAACCCUUCUGCAACCCUUUGCAACCAUUCUCCACCCUUCUGCAACCCUUCUCCAUCCUUCUGUAACCCUUCUGCAACCCUUUGCAACCCUUCUACCACCCAUCUUCAACCCUUCUACCUCCAUUCUGCAACCCUUUGCAACCCUUCUACCACCCAUCUUUAACCCUUCUACAACCCAUCUUCAACCCUUCUACCACCCUUCUACCACCCAUCUUCAACCCUUCUACCACCCUUCUACCACCCUUCUACCACCCAUCUUCAACCCUUCUACAACCCAUCUUCAACCCUUCUACCACCCAUCUUCAACCCUUCUACAACCCAUCUUCAACCCUUCUACCACCCUUCUACCCCAUCUUCAACCCUUCUACCACCCUUCUACCACCCAUCUUCAACCCUUCUACCACCCAUCUUCAACCCUUCUACAACCCAUCUUCAACCCUUCUACCACCCUUCUACCACCCUUCUACCACCCAUCUUCAACCCUUCUACAACCCAUCUUCAACCCUUCUACCACCCAUCUUCAACCCUUCUACAACCCAUCUUCAACCCUUCUACCACCCUUCUACCCCAUCUUCAACCCUUCUACCACCCUUCUACCACCCAUCUUCAACCCUUCUACCACCCUUCUACCACCCUUCUACAACCCAUCUUCAACCCUUCUACCACCCAUCUUCAACCCUUCUACCACCCAUCUUCAACCCUUCUACCACCCUUCUACCACCCAUCUUCAACCCUUCUACCACCCAUCUUCAACCCUUCUACCACCCUUCUACCACCCUUCUACCACCCAUCUUCAACCCUUCUACCACCCUUCUACCACCCAUCUUCAACCCUUCUACCACCAUUCUGGAACCCUUCUACCACCUUCUGUAACCCUUCUGCAACCCAUCACCCUUAUGCCACGCUUCUACCACCCUUCUUCAACCCCCUUCCACCCUUCUUCAAUCCCUACCACCCUUCUACGUCCAUUGUCCACCCUCAACCCAUCUUUAAGACCUGUCAAAAAAUUGCACCGUAGUACCACAGGAAGUCAUUGUUUUCACUCCCUCUGA